AUGGCACACACGGCAGAUAAUGUACGGCAAUGGAUCGAGCACAAAGCUCCUGAAUAUGACCCGGCAUGGGCGUGGAAGAAGGCGAUGGAAAAAUACACGUCGCCGCCUGCAUCUGAAAGACUUGAGAAAAGAAAGCACAAUUUUCUCUGCUUCAUGAAUAAGUUCUUGGAAGAUUAUCAAGAUAAGAAUGCAAAGGUUGUUCGUUUCGACGGUUCAACAACCUGGGAGGAGGUCCAAGAAGAAGCAACAGCGGCGUUUGAUGAAUAUGCUCAUCAAGGACGUAGCUGGAGGCACCCAUUCCGCAGCUCUGGGAGACUCUUUGGAGUAGUAGCUUGCAGGAUCGAAUUUCUUAUACAGCUCAUUCCUAGAGGUGAUUAUCUAGGGAUACUCUGCGCUGGCCUUACCUUGGUCUACAAUGCCGCAAGACGUAAAAAGGGUAUUAGAGGAUUGAUUAUUCGUGUUCUGGAUUCACUUUCUGAACAUAUCGAGGGUUCCAAAUCCUACAUCCGGAUGUACGCCUGGAAUGAAGAUAUUCGGCAAAAGACUGAAGAUUUAUACAUCGCCAUUCUCGAGGCCGUGGAGGCCAUUACCAAUUGGCUUCGACACCCAAUCGGUGAAUCGUUCAAAUGUUUCAUUCAACAGGGUGACUAUGGAAAGGACCUAGAGGAGAAGCUCACUGUGAACAUUCAGGACAAAGCCAACGCCUUCAGUGGCGCUGUAUCUAGUGCUUUGCAUGCCAUAGUGCACACGAUUCACCACAAUGUUCUUGCAGUCGCCCAGAACGUAGAAAAGAUUGACGGCGGAGCAGCAUCCGUGGGGCGGGGGGUAGAUGAGGUUCGCGGUGAUGUAACGCGGGGGUUCUCUGCGGUGAAUGAUAGCAUCGAAGCAUUAGGAUUGCGCGCCUUGAGCUCACUAGAAGAGUAUUUUUAUGGGCUAUCAAAAGACGUGGAAUCCAUUAUCAUACCUCAGUUUAUGCAGCCAGCUAUCACAAUCCCACAGCUUCUUGGACUGCUGAGCCAACAACCACCUGGCUCAUCUGACAACCCUUUUGAGCAAACACUGGAACGAAUCCGAGUAGAGCGUGAUUUCGUUCUUUUCCUAGGCCGAAGUCUUAGUCCUAGACGCCAAGCUAGUAUCUCAUUUGUCAUGCAAAACUCUCAGUUUCAACAAUGGUUUAAGUCAAUGAACUCUCAGACGCUGGUCAUUCAUUCCAUGGACUUGGAUUUUGGACCAUCCGAAAUUGUGUCGCCGUUAAGUUACAUGUGUGCUAUGUUGUCGCAGGCUACUGCCAUACACAGUCAUUCAUACCCGCUUGCUUUCUUCUGCCGUUUGCACAUUGACCCAGAAGACAAGGCCCGAGGAGCUAAAGGGAUGUUGAGAUCACUUACUGCUCAAGUUCUGGUUGCCCUAGCUCACACUCAGCAGCAUCCUGACCUGAGCUUUUUGGGUUACGUGGAACUCCAGGCCAUUCAAGCCCAGGAUCUGCCGUCAAUGUGCCGUCUUUUUGAAGAGCUACUGAAGCGCAUUGGGACAGGCGUCAUAUUGUGCAUACUGGACGGGAGUUCGUGGUUCGAGUGCCAGUAUUAUGCCCCUGACAUGCAUAUGGUGAUGCAGUUCUUUAACAGCUUAGUGGAAGCUAUUGAGAGAAGCCAUAGUGGCCUUAUCUUCAAGAUAUUGCUUACAAAUGCUUUGAUGAGCCAGUAUUCUAGAGAUUGGUUCCCAAGUGGAAUGGAAUUAUAUACUCCAGCAAGUGGGGUAAUGGAAGGGAUGACUUUCAACUCUCUUGCAAUGCUUAUAGAGCAGUAA